AUGAAGGCCCUCGUGUAUGAUUCCAACGACGAGGAUACGUCCGUCCAGGCGAUGUAUACGGCCGACAGCUGUCUGCUGAUCCCGUCCACGAGCAAGUAUAUAGCUGGAGUUACGCCCACGCUUCUUGGGAUCGCGAAGAAAUCCAAAGCAUUCAAACCCCUGGCCGGGCGCGACGCCUACCUACGCCCGCCCGCGUCCAUCGGCGUCUACGCGCUCAACAUGCAGUCCAAGGGCGACAUCUGGUCACGAGAAACGAGUCGCUCCACGUUCCUAAUCUGUGCGAAGCUCUGCACGGAUGGCCUGCGGCUCUACGCUGAGCAGGCGCCGGACGAGGGCAGGUUCUCUCUGCCAAUCGUGGUCGUGUGCGUUGUGCUCGGGGACGUUACCCAGAUCGCCGUGUCCUCGUCCUCGCGCAAGAUCCUCAUCACCGCCGGCGAGGGCCAGACCGGUCGCCUCAUCGUGGAGCUCCUCACUGCGGACGACGCGGACGCAAGUAAGUACGAGGAGAUCACUGCGCUUGUAUUCUCCGAAAAAACCAGGUCCGUCCUGAAGGAGUGCGACGCCGUGACGACGGUCGUGUACGACACAAAGGACGAGGAGGCGCACGUCCAGGCGAUGUCUCUCGUCGAUACCUGUCUGUUCAUCCCGCCUGCGCGCAAGGACAAGGCGAAUAUCACGCACACGCUCAUCGAAGCCGCGAAGAAGGCCAAACCGUCCAAAACCUCAUCCUCCUCUCUCUCCAGUGCGAGCGCCGACUACGCCGAGUACUUCACCCAGCCGCGCCUGCGCGAGUUCAUCGAUCUCGAGACGUUCGCCAGGCACCCCAAGGGCGACACCUCUUCCGGGGACACCGGCCACUCCCCGUGUGCGCAGGGCGAAGGGAAGCUCCCGCUGCCGAUAGGGGAGGACCACAAGGUCGCGCCGGUCGCGCUCGGGGACGUUGCGCAGAUCACAGCGUAUGUGGUCAUGUCGGAAGGACCGCAGGAGCUUGCGGAUAACGUGCGCGGGCAGGUUAUUGUCGCUACUGGUCCUCAACUUACCGCAGGGGCCGAGCUCGCCGAAGCGGCCUCUCAGGCGCUCGGCACGAAGAUGGAAUUCGAGAGCAUCGACGAAGCGACCGCGAAGAAAGUCCUCAGCUCCGAACAAGGAGAGGAAGUCGACGAAGCCGAGCGCGAGUACCUGCUCGAGUACUACGUGCUUGUGCACGCGGGCAAGACAAACUACAUCGCGACGACCGCGAUGCUCGCGUUCCCCAGGCACCGCGGCCAGGAGCCCGCCGAGUUCUUCAAGACUUGCUCCGGACACACCCGCGCAAAGUUCAAGCCAGAGAGGCGGCGCACGAUGGAGAACGGGGCGACACGCGCGUCUGGACGCGAGAGGGGCGCGGCGUCUGCCACUGCGAAGAGCGCCGCCGACGAGGAGGACCUCUAA